AUAACAUGAAUAAGCUAUUGUUUUUGUACUCAUUUGAAGCAGAAUUCUUAUUCUAUUUUCAUCAAAACAUCUGUCAAAUUCUUUAAUUUCCUUACAUAAUUAUUUAAUUAAAUCUGUUUUUGGGGUUGAGGAUAUCAAAGAAACUAGAGGGUCUACUUCAUAUCUUGAUAUUUUUCUCGAUAUUGACACAGAUUCAUGACUUCAAUCUAAAACUUGUGACAAACGGGAUGGUUUGACCUUCCAAUGGUAAACUUUCUUUUUCUCAGUAAUGACAUACCCUCUGCUCCUCUAAUGGCUUUUGUAUAUUUCAAUUGAUACUAUUCGCUCCUGCAUUUUUAUAUUUAAUUGACUUCAUCAACAGGGAUGUCAUCUUUUAACAAAAACUACUCCCACAGAUUUAUGAGGAAUAAUGAAUGAAAAUAAACUCAUCAUAGAUACCAGGAUUAACCGACACUUCAUAUUUUUUUUUAGGUCGCCAUGACGAAUCGAUGACCGAUACGACACGUUUGCAUCUCAACUCAAUAAGUACAUUUUGUCGAUGUCCUAGAUAUUAAAAACCCAAAGAAUCGUACGUCUUAUCUUAAAAUUUACUAUAUCAUAUAUAGCUGUAAGAAUGUAAAGAACUCCAAGGUAAAUUUUAUAGAACGAAAUAAAUAAAAACUGACAAAACCAUACGUUAAUAAUAAUAAAAAUACCUGGACAUACAUAUCACACGUAGUAUUUUCUUUCGUGAAAUAGCAGUUUGCCAUUUGCCAAUUACUAAAAUAACGUCAAAUGAACUUCAAGUGACAAAGAUGACAUUUAACAUGAACAAACAAGUUACAUAGGAAAAGUUGGUUUUAAAUUCAAAGUGAUAUUUCAGAUCGAUUUUAGGACGAUUCUUCGAAGUGUUAUUAUUUUUUCCUGACGUAGUAUUGUAAAAUGGGAGCAGGAUUUUCAAAAGAUGAUGAAAAUGAUAGGACUGGUGCUUUAUUUCAAGCAAUACGGAGAGACCGAUUUCAACUGGCAACAGAUUUAAUUUCAAAAGGUGCAGGAGUAAACUGUAUAAACUAUUUCGGUAACACACCACUAAUAGAAACAUGUCGGAGCAACCGGACAUCAAACAGGACGGGCAGUACAGUUGAAUCCGAACGAGAGCGUUUUGUUUCUUUUCUUAUCCGAAAUGACUGUGACCUGACCAAAUAUGAUAUAUAUGGAUGGACAGCGCUAAUGUAUGCCGAAAAGAAUGGCCAUGAUAACAUUAUUGAUAUUCUGGAGAAAAAAGAACAUGGAAGUAGCUGUGGUACACCUGAAAGAAGACUUGAUAUUAAGAGAAGCGUGCAGUCUUCAAAGUGAGAAAUGGUUUAUAAAACUGAAUGUCGUGAUUUCAAAUAUAUAUGUAUUCAAAAAUAAAAAU